GCGAGAGAUUGGCAGGUUGGUGGUGGGAUGCUGGGUGCUUUGCUUCGGGAUCCCGAUUCUGAGGACUUGGGAUAGUGUUGGGGGCUUUAAAUAGAUGUGGAUUCCCCCCCCCCCCCCCCCCAAUAACCAAGAUGCGUUCCCCCAGGGGAGCGUUUCUGGGCUCAGUCCAAGGUCUAAGGUGCUUUGGGCAUAGAAACAAGCCCAUUGCUUUGAAAAGCAGUUCCCUGACGAUGGCCCUGGACUAACAAAAGGGUGCAAACCUCUUUGUUUCUGGGAGCUGGAGUGGGGGGCGACGGGUGGGGAGCUAUAGAUGCAUACCGCCUUCCCCUAUUGGAAUCGGAGCAAAAGAAAGGGGGAGGGAAGCCAGGCUUUCCAUUUAUGUCUGUCACGCCCCUCCUUCCCGACUCUCUUUCCCAGGCUCUUUCCAAACCCCUAUCUGCUGGAGAGAGGUUGGAGUCGGUGGCGUGGGCCCCACACCCCCUCCUCCAGGCCCUCCCCUCCCCUCGGUGGCUGCGAAAACUGGGAGAAGUGGAGCGGGAUAGCGUGCGAUGCCUACUCGGUCACUCGCGGUGGCACUGAGCAUGCUCAGGAGCCUGGGCAGGUUCGGGCUGUAAGUAGGAAGCCUUUGGCGUUCCUGGGACACCCUCCCCACCUGGGCCGCCUGCUGCUCCCGGAUGGUCCAGGCUAUUCAACAAUAGUUAUGAACUCCCGGCUACGUGCUUUGGGUGGGAGAAUAAAUAAUAUACGAGUCUCAGAACUGCCAAAAGAGAAGACACGAUCAGAAAUCGUCUGUAAUCUCCACUUCUUAGAUGGCUUGGUACAGACAUUCAAAGUUAAUAAACAAGAUACUGGUCAAGUUCUCUUGGAUAUGGCUUUUAAUCACUUGGGUAUAACAGAAAAAGAAUAUUUUGGUUUGCAACAUGGUGAAGAUGCAAUGGAUUCUCCUAGAUGGCUUGAAUCCAGCAAACCAAUCCGAAAACAACUCAAAGGACCUUUCCCAUGUACCUUGAAUUUUCGAGUAAGAUUUUUUAUACCUGAUCCCAACACAUUGCAGCAAGAACAAACAAGGCACUUAUACUUCUUGCAGCUGAAGAUGGAUAUUCUCGAAGGAAGGUUAAUCUGCCCUCUUAAUUCUGCAGUUGUUCUCGCAUCAUAUGCAGUACAAUCUCACUUUGGAGACCAUAACUCUUCACUGCAUCUUUCAGGAUAUCUUUCCGAUAGCCAGUUUAUACCAGAUCAGAAUAACGACUUUGUAACCAAAGUAGAGACACUGCAUGAACAGCACAGUGGCCUCAAGCAAUCUGAAGCAGAAUCUUGCUUUAUUAACAUUGCCCGAACACUAGAAUUUUAUGGAGUGGAAUUGCACAGUGGUAGAGAUCUGCAUAAUUUAGAUCUGAUGAUUGGAGUUGCUGAGGGUGGCAUUGCCGUCUACCGCAAACAUAUUUGCACAAGUUUCUAUCCUUGGGUGAACAUUCUAAAAAUUUCCUUCAAAAGAAAAAAGUUUUUUAUACAGCAACACCAAAAGCAUAAUGAAGCCAGAGAGCACAUCAUUGCCUUCAAUAUGCUAAGUUACAGAUCUUGUAAAAAUUUAUGGAAAUCCUGUGUGGACCACCAUACAUUUUUUCAAGCAAAGAAAACAAUACCUCGUGAAAGAAAUAUCCUGGCCCAAUACUGGACGUUAGGUUCUAAAAAUCCUAAAAAGUCUUUAAACAACCAGUACUGCAAGAAAGUGAUAGGUGGGAUGGUAUGGAACCCAACAAAGAGAAGAUCUUUAUCAGUAGAACAUUUAGAAACCAAAAGUCUUCCUUCUCGAUCUCCUCCUAUUACUCCCAACUGGCGAAGUCCUAGGCUACGUCAUGAAAUUAGAAAACCACGGCAUUCAUCUGCAGAUAACCUUGCAAGUGAAACGACCUACCUUACAGAAACAGAAGAUGUAUUUUAUACCUACAAGGUCUCUCCAUCCUCAAAAGACAGCGAUUCAGAAUAUUCACAGAACCGAAGUCCACAGAGACAGAAUACAUUGGAAGACAGCCCAAACUCUCAGACCCAGACAUCAUCCAGUUCCUUAUCUCAGUUUUUAAAUGCUCCAGGCUGCUGUUCCCUCGAUGGAGUAGACCAUCAACUUUUAGACAGCUAUACCAGUGUUAGUAAAAGCUGCUUCACAGAAGAUUCCAAUCAGUACUACUGUGAUAAGAAUGAAGAUGGUGAUGGUUAUCUACUCCUGGUGUGUAUUACUCCAGAUGAAGAUGGAAAAUUUGGAUUUAAUCUUAAGGGUGGUGUUGAUCAGAAAAUGCCUCUUGUGGUGUCAAGAAUCAGCCCAGAGUCACCGGCUGAUAAAUGCAUUCCUAAGCUGAAUGAAGGGGAUCAAAUAGUACUAAUAAAUGGCAGAGACAUCUCAGAGCACACCCAUGAUCAAGUGGUGAUGUUUAUCAAAGCAAGCCGGGAGUCGCACACAAGAGAACUGGCACUAUUGAUCAGGAGGAAAGUUGUCCAUUCAUUUGCUGAAGUCAAGUCAGAAGAUGAAAUAAAUUGUCAACUUUUCCAAGAUUCCAUUCUCCCUAUGAAUUUAAAGUAUGACAACACCUUAGAAGAAUCUAUAGAACAACUAAAAGAAGGCAUAGAAAGUGGGACCGUGCUCAUUCAAUUUGAGCAACUCUACAGAAAGAAGCCAGGUUUGGCCAUCACAUAUGCAAAACUGUCUCAAAAUUUAGACAAAAAUCGCUACAAAGAUGUACUGCCUUAUGAUUGCACUCGGAUAUUACUGCAGGGAAAUGAAGAUUAUAUUAAUGCAAGUUAUGUGAAUAUGGAAAUUCCUUCCACUAAAAUUGUGAACCGCUAUAUUGCCACACAAGGCCCUCUUCCGCAUACCUGUGUGCACUUUUGGCAAGCAGUCUGGGAUCAUAAGUUAUCACUUAUAAUCAUGUUGACGACACUCACAGAACGAGGACGGACCAAAUGUCAUCAGUAUUGGCCCAACCCUCCAGAUGUCGUGGAGUAUGGCAACUUUCGAAUUAAGUGUCAGUCAGAGGAUUGCACCAUUGCCUAUGUUUUUAGAGAAAUGUCGGUCACAAAAAUUGAGACAGGGGAAGAACACAUAGUUACUCAUCUCCAGUAUGUCGCUUGGCCUGAUCAUGGGGUCCCUGAGGAUUCAUCAGACUUUCUGGAAUUUGUAACCUAUAUGAGGGCAUUGAGAAUGGAGAAUGAGCCCAUCUUAGUUCACUGCAGUGCUGGAAUAGGUCGAACUGGUGUGUUGGUCACUAUGGAAACAGCCAUGUGUUUAAUUGAAAGAAGCCAGCCUGUUUAUCCAUUGGAUAUUAUCCGAAAAAUGAGAGAUCAGCGUGCUAUGAUGGUGCAGACAUCAAACCAGUACAAGUUUGUGUGUGAAGCCAUCCUUCGUGUCUACAGAGACGGUCUGGUCCAGCCUCUGGACUCUAGUUAACGCCUCUCUUCAGCGUUUCCAAGAGUACGAGCUUGUGGAGCCGAGCGCGUCUGCCUGGCAUCCGCGAGGUGCCUCCGCAGAGGCUGGCGGGAGAGAACGAGAACCUGGAACUCUGGCACUUUAUUUCCUUAAAAAGAAAAUGAGCAUCUUGUAAAUAGGAACCCGUAGCUACGCAUGCCCGCGGCUGUCAUACGGUUCAUCCGCAGACGUAGGGGCCGAAGCUUCAGUGGUCUGCUGCUUGGCUCGGAGGGAAGGGAAGGAACCCGGGGGGCUCGUGGCCUCUGUCUUAAGUGGCCUUCACAGGACUUUCCGGUAGGCAGCCGUCCUGACCCGAGUAGCCAUCUUUUUGCUGAGGAUUCAGAAUCGAAGUAGCAUUGGUUAUUUUAGGCUUAUCAGGUAUCUUGUUUGAGAAAAAAGUACUCCAGGCUAAGCUUUUUUAGGACUCCUAGAAAGAGUCGCAGCGAUUAGAGGAUGAACUCUUGCCCGUCGUUCAAAACUGCCUACUUGUCUGUGGAUCUGAGAUCUCGUUGGUCUGGGUACUCCUUCCGGGCAUCCUUACCCUGUUCGUAGUUUUUGUCUGUGUUGGUUUCCUUUAGAGGAUCCUUCCCGAGGCACCAAAAGCCUCCCUCCAGCUUUUUGGUUUUGUUUUGUGUUUUUUAAGCAUUUUGUGAACACCAUCGUCCUCCUCCCUGCCCCCGCUCUUCUGUUCUCCAGUGCUCGAGGGGCCCUCCCCUUUUUCCUGUCCUCCGUCCCCUCGAGGUCCUAUUUCACGCCACUUUUGAUACAUGAUUCGUCAUUGUGAUAUGCUGCAGUCUUCUUCUACUCCACCCUGUUGCUCUUUUUUCCCAUUGCCCCAUGAGGUGCCCGCCAUUUUGCUUCCUCCCACAUCACGGUGUUCCAAGAUUCGCCACCGUAAAACAUUACUGGGAAGAGUAUGCGUGUGAGAAGGAGAGAUUUUUAAGUCACAGGGCAGAAACCCUUGAAAGAAUGCCAGUUCUCACUGGCUCUGCCUUUCUAUACUCUACAUGCAAGGCGCUGAUAGUUCAGCUAAAGAACAAGGCCUACUAUGUCUUCCAUUGUUCAUUUGUUUUAAUGCCUUCAGGUGUUAAGUCAUUCAGAUGUUCCUAUUUUUGAUGAUUGUGUCCCGAGCCUCCCUGCUUGCCUCUCCCUUUAAGUCUCCUCUUUCUGGUUUGUACUUCAAUAUAUAAACCAGGAAACAGUUUUUUUUUCUUUUUUUCUUUUACUUAAAACUCUAAACUUAGAUUCUGCGGCUUCUUAUUCUAAGUUCCUUGAAUUUAUUUAUUAGUUUUAGAUGCAGUUUGUGAGUUAAUACUGUGUCACCUUGUUCCUCUGACUUGUUUACUGUGCAUUCAAAAUCCAGGACUGGAAAUUAUCUACUACUGAACCUACUCAACAUUUUGCUGCUACUUCCAGCUGUUCAACAUGGAGAAAAAGAAACAAAACUAUGCUAUUUGUGUGGGGAUGAUAACGGUGGAAAUGUUCCAUCUUUGGCCUUUCUGAAAAUCAUUUUUUAUCCGCUUGACCACGGGAAACACAAAUACCCUGAGAGAUGUGCCCUUGUGUGUGUGAGUGUGUGUGCGUGUGUCUGUGUGUGUGUUUCAGGGGGCAAUUUGAUAGAAGUUACGGAUGCGUUAUAAAAUCCAGGUUUCUGUACGUACAAAAAACUAUACGCUUUCACCCUUAAUACAACGGUCUCGAUUUCAUUUCAAAGGGGAGGAUCAGACUAUCUGAAUGAUAUAAACACAAUGUCGACGUUAAUUUAUUUGAGCACAUCCUAUGUUUAAUUGUACUAGAGAAUUCUGCCUCUGUUAAUAAUAUUGUUAAAUUUUUAAAAUAUAUGAUAGAAUUAUAACAAAAAGAUUAUUAUUUAAGGAAAGUAAUCUGAAAAUCUUAAUGUGGUAUACAAUGUAGACCUUUAUAUGUAUUGAAAAAGAGGAAGCUAGCCAGUUUCUUAUUGAGAAGUAUGAAUAAAGAUGCUUUCAUACAAUUA